AUGGACUAUCCGGUGGAACUGUACCACGAGUUUCUCACUCAGAUGGAGACAUGCCAGUACAACGAUUGCAUCGUCGACGUGUCGCAAUCCGUGCAGCCGUCGCCCUCCCCAUCCGCCAGCGACCCACCUCCUCCUCCAUCGUCACAGUCCCUCCAGAUACGACCAACGCUGGGUCCCGUGCUAGGCCCAAACCAGUUCCUCCACUCCGUCACGUUUGCCCACAAGGCCACAGGCGUGCUCUACCAGCAGCUCCCCCACACCAUGUCUGGUUUCUCGCAUACUCCCGAUCGUCGUCGUGAUUCUCAUCCUGCUGAUCAUCCUCCUCACCACCCUCACCACCCUCACACCGCCAGAAAUAAACGCCCUCCGUUGUUUCCCCCCAUCGCUCCGUGCUGCACCCAGCGCGAGCCCCCCGCCGCACCGUCCUACUGCGACCUCGCGUGCUACCACUACGACGACGAGGACGAGGACGAGGACGACGACGAUAACGACUACUUCGGCACCCACGAGCUCGUGUUCAGCACCAGCAACGAGUCCAUUCCUCUCGCUAACGACCCCUCGGGUGCCAACCCCGUCGUGCCUGGACUCUUUCCCCAGAUGCACAUAGACGACGAUGCCCAGUUCAUGAAAUUCGAUGCCCUUCCUCUCACCCCCUCAUACGUCUCACGCUAA